CUGAUGAGUGUCUCUGUGUCCCCUGUCUCAGCCUCAGAGAUGGCGGGUUGGGGGCAGCAGGGCGAGAUGACAGAGUACAAGAAGAUUCUGAUAAAGCGGGACCUGGAGAUGGGCGUGGUGAUGACGGUGUUCCGGCAGAAGGCGGAGCGGCUCACUGUGCAGGUCAUCAUGGAGACCCGGCAGGUGGCCUGGACGCGCACCGCGGAUAGAACUGACGGUGUCUUGGACCUGUUUGAGAUCAGAGAGGUUCGUCCAGGGAGGAACUCCAAGGACUUUGAGCGCUUCAAAGAUGGCAAAGACAAGCACGAUGAGGGCAGCUGCUUCACCAUCUUCUACGGAUCUCAGUUUGUCCUCAACACCCUCAGUGUGGGAGCUGACUCUGUUGACGAGGCUCAGAAAUGGCUGACUGGACUAGAACUGCUGAGGCAGGAGACGCUGCAAGCUCCCACUCCAGUUCUUAUAGAGAGUUGGCUGAGGAAGCAGAUGUACUCUGUCAAUCAGACCAAAACCAACAGCAUCUCCAUGAAGGAGCUGAAGGCUCUGCUAUCUCUACUCAACUACAAGGCCCCCAGCUCUCGCACUCUCAAAGACAAAUUCCAGGAAGUGGGGGCAAAGAAAGAUCGCCUGGACUUUGAGCAGUUUCAUAAAUUGUACAACCUUAUAAUGUUUGAACAGAAUGAGAUCCUUGAUGAGUUCAAAAAGGAAUCAUGUGCUUUUAUUCUGGGAAACACAGAUAAGCCUGAUGCCUCUGCAGUGCUGCUCCAUGACUUCCAACGAUUCCUCAUCUACCAGCAGAAGGAAUCCUGGGCCAGUGACCUUAACCAGGUCAGAGAGCUGAUGACCACCUUCAUCGACGACACCAUGAGGAAAACCAACGACCCAGAGUUCACCGUCAGUGAGUUCCUGAGUUUCCUGUUCUCCAAAGAGAACUCUGUGUGGGACGAAAAGUACUCAGAGAUCAGCAACCUGGACAUGAACAACCCUCUGUCUCACUACUGGAUCAGCUCCUCUCACAACACCUACCUGACGGGGGAUCAGCUGCGCAGCGAGUCGUCCACGGAGGCUUAUGUUCGCUGUCUGCGCCUGGGCUGCCGCUGUGUGGAACUGGACUGCUGGGAAGGGCCCGGGGAGCCAAUCAUCUACCACGGAUGGACCAGGACCACCAAGAUCAAGUUCGAGGACGUGGUCAAAGCCAUCAACGAUCACGCUUUUGUCACGUCAGAGUUCCCGGUGAUCCUGUCCAUCGAGGAGCACUGUCCUCUGGAGCAGCAGCGGCAGAUGGCCCGGAUCUUCAGAGACGUGUUCGGAGACAAACUGCUGACGGAGCCUGUGGAGCAGCUGGCUGAGCAGCUGCCCUCGCCCACACAGCUGAAGGGCAAGGUCAUACUCAAGGUCAGAGGAGGAGAAGUACUCAGAUCUU